CUCUAUCUCCACUCCGCGCUCGUGGAGGAGCGGUGAGCCGGUGAGAUGACGCGCGUGUCCACAAAGUAACCGUAGCUCGAUCUCCAAACGGAGCGCAGCAGUGAUGGAGAUCCCGGCGACCAACACCAGCACAGGUUGGUCACAGCUGGAGAACAUUUCCACCAGGAGUCCAGAGCCUGAUGAUGAGGAGGAGGAGGAGGUGAAGCUGAGCUACCAGCUCCUCACCUCCUUCAUCCUCUGCGCGCUCAUCCUCUGCGCAAUCUUUGGGAACGCGUGCGUCGUCGCGGCCAUCGCUUUGGAGCGAACCCUCCAGAAUGUGGCCAACUACCUGAUCGGUUCUCUGGCCGUCACGGACCUGAUGGUGUCGGUGCUGGUGCUGCCCAUGGCGGCGCUGUACCAGGUCCUGAACCGCUGGACUCUCGGGCAGGUUCCGUGCGACAUCUUCAUCUCUCUGGAUGUCCUGUGCUGCACCUCGUCCAUCCUGCACCUGUGCGCCAUCGCUCUGGACAGAUACUGGGCCAUAACCGAGCCCAUAGACUACAUGAAGAAGCGCACUCCACGCAGAGCCGCGGUCCUCAUCAGCGUCACCUGGCUCAUCGGAUUCUCCAUCUCGGUGCCGCCGAUGCUGAUCAUGCGAUCUCAGCCGGGCAGUCUGGAGGGGGACAGGGCGAACCCGGAACAGUGUAAGAUCAGGCAGGACCCCUGGUACACCAUCUACUCCACUUUCAUGGCUUUUUACAUCCCACUCACGCUCAUGCUGGUUUUGUACGGGCGGAUAUUCAAAGCUGCCCGGUUCCGGAUCAGGAAAACCGUGCGUAAAACGGAGAAGAAGAAAGUGUCCGACUCCUGCCUGGCGUUAUCUCCCGCGCUCUUCCACCACAAGAAGACCAGCCCCGGAGGAGACGCGCAGGGAAAGAGCUGGAGAAGCAGCGUGGAGCCGCGGCCGCUGCCGUGCGUCAACGGCGCGGUGAAGCACGCGGAGGACGGCGAGUCUCUGGAGAUCAUCGAGGUCCACGGCAGCUGCAGGGGAAACAACAACCUCCCGCUGCCGAACACGCCGAGCAAUGCGCCGCUGUUCGAGAGCCGGCACGAGAGCAAAGCCACCGAGGCCAGGCGCAAGAUCGCACUGGCGCGGGAGCGCAAGACGGUGAAGACUCUGGGCAUCAUCAUGGGCACCUUCAUCCUCUGCUGGCUGCCCUUCUUCAUCGUGGCCCUGGUCAUGCCCUUCUGCCAGGACUCGUGCUUCAUGCCGCGCUGGCUCGAGGACGUCAUUAACUGGCUCGGUUACUCCAACUCUCUGCUCAACCCCAUCAUCUACGCGUACUUCAACAAAGACUUCCAGAGCGCGUUCAAGAAGAUCAUCAAGUGUCAUUUCUGCACAAUGUGAGGCUUCUUCUGUGGGGACAGCAGAGACAAAACUGAGGGACAAAUGUCCACGAGAACUGACUUGAUUUAUUCAGAC